AGAAGGUCUCUACUCUGACCAUCCAGCUCGGCUUGCUGCAGUGGCUUUCUUUCUUUCAGACCACCAGGGUACGGUCAUGAGGAAGCAUAUGCCAUCGCUGUUUGCCCUGCAAGAGCAAGACUCAAACGACACCGAGGACGUGGACUGGGCCCAGCCCCCAAUCGCAUCUAGACACCCUUCAUCAUCAGCCAGCAUGCACUCCUCCUCAAGUGCGGCUCUGCGCAGCAGAGGAAAGAACAGACCAAGGAAUGGAUUUUCGUCGGGCUCAGCAUCUUCCACUUCCAAUCACAAUGCGCUGCCCCACGCUGCUAAGUACUCGGAUAUCUACUCUCAAUUCGUGAAGCGCUACAGGUCCGAACCAGGUCUUGACGAUGACCCUCGGCAUGAUCCAGACAGUAAUUACUUUCAGAGAGGUCUAGGGCAGCUCGUAGACGCAGGAGAUAGUGACGAUGAAGACCUGGGGCGUGCCUCACUCAUGGGGGGUGAUGGCGUAGACCGCCUCACGGCUUUGAUGCUUGAAUCGGAGCAAAUCAAACCAGCGACUGUCGAGGAUAGACAGAGAUUGGAGUGGCAGACGAUGCUUGCAUCCGUCUUGGAUGGUGAUGUCCUCAAAUCAGAGAAGACUCGGAUUGCUGUGGCUCUCGAGUCCUCAUCAGAGGAACACAACAACAUUCAUCUCAGCAUAUGGCUUGGGCUGCGUGCCAAGUUCAGUGGUCGUUCUGAUGAAGAAGAGCGCAAGCGUCUCGAGGAGAGGAGAUUGCGCAUGGUAGAUCCUGUCAUUGACGAAAUCAAUCAUUUCAAGCUCGCAGAUAACGAGCGCGAUCCAAUCACUGCACUCAAGCGUGUCAACGCUGUGCUACUGCGAUUGAACGCGGCGCAUUCGCUUUACCCUAGCCUCAAAGCUUUCUACGCUGAUAACGUCGCUGCAUCCGAGCUAUCUUUCCAGGCUCGAUGUGAUACACUCAACACUUGGUCGACUGUGCUCUUGUCUCUGAGGCGUCACAUUGGACUUCUCCAACGGUGGACUGAAAGCGAGACGCUCGACGUGACCAAAGCUAAUACGAACGCGGACAUUCCUCUUCCCAACCUGUAUUACCAUAAUAACGCUAACGGGCCUACGGAUAUGGUUGACGGUACCACUUUCGUCGAGCGAGUUCUCAAAGAGGAUUCUAUCCAGAAAACAUUUGAGAAAGGCUUCCUCACCACUGUCCACUCCUUCAUCGGUACCGCUAGAGAUGCGCAAGUCAACUUGUCCUCCCUUUUUCAAGAAAUGAACCUCCCCACUUUCGAGAACGAACUCGUUCCACUCAUAUCCUUCCCAACAAAACUUGCGCAGGCAUGUCUCCGCCUUCGGCUGGACUAUGUACAAAAACUUAAAGAUCCAGAAGUCCUCAUCAUCGACCAAGUGACGGAAGAUGUGAAGAUAAGUUUGGGUCUUGCCUGCACGCUCAAGCGGCAAUACGAGGCCUUCCUCGCACCUGAUCCAGGUGGAAAUUGGAAUUUGCCCCAAUGCAUCAGCGAUGACUAUGACUCGACGAUACUUGAAGCGCUCUCCAUAUUCUUCAGACUCAUACAUUGGAAGCUCAAGAGUGGGGUCAAAGGGAUCUACUUUAAAGAGACGGAUUUUAUUGAGUCUCAGUGGGCGACUUUCAAUGAUGUUAGCAUGACUGUUGAUGGUGGCUCGCAGCUGGUCGCCGAACAAGUUUGCUCAUUGACAAACAAGCUCAUGGUCCGGGUUGCAAACUACUUUGAUACUCAAGUCCGGCUGCCUUCUGCAGACAAAAAGGCACCUCAACGUCGAGCGUCGGCGAAUAUAUUCGAUGCUGAUAUUAUCACCAAUAAUGUGGCGGGCCAAAUGACUGACGAGCAGAAGGUCAACUGGUAUGGUAAAAUCUUGGACAAUGUCCGGUUGCGCUACCGAAAGCUCCAACGUUUUGCUCGGGUCUUGACCCAAAGAUUCUGCAAUUCGGCCGAGUAUAACAUGGAUGGCGUCCCCAUCGAACAGGUUAUCGCUGCUCUUGUAGCGACAGAUCAUUUUUUGGUCUACACCCGAUCGUUUGAAGAAGAAGGAAUCUAUAUCAUUGCAUCCAGUGCUUUGCGGGACCGCCCAGAAGCCAUACGACGCAUUCUUUUCGAGUCUUUCCAUGCCAACGAGUCCAUAAAUGACGAAGGUGCCCAUGUGGUCGAUAACAUAGAGAUGAUGGAUAGCGAGGAUGAUGAUGAGGCCGAAUAUCUUCUCCUCCUAUCACCUCUCAGUCAAUUCCUGUGGAAUGGUCUAGUGUUCAUGCUCGAACUUCCAAGGAUGGAUCUUGACAUGAAGGACAACCGCCUGCGUCUUGUUGCAGAUGGACCCGACCGGCGGCUUGUGCUAGCCAAGGAACAAUUCUCGGAGAUCUUCGUGGACGAAGACGAAGAACCUCUAGAAAUGAUUCUUAGUUCUCUGCAGUGCAUUGCCGAACAACAAGCCCAUUUACCCACGGUCAACCGUGAGCUACGAAAGAUAGCUCGCGCGACCAACAAGUUGGCAGAGUCAAUAGUAGAUUCUGUGCACCAUGUUCGACAUUCACUGCGCAAUGCAGUUGGAUACCAGGAGCUCCUGGAGAAUUGGUAUCUAUUUGCUUCCGAGCACGGGCAGCAUGCUCAGAAGUACAUGGAACGUUCGCCUCUCAGCAAGUUUAAUCGUCUGCUAAUACGCCUUGCCAUCUCAUGGGUGUCGUUCAUCUGCGACGACUGCGAUCCAUCAGAUCGGAAAACCUUUCGAUGGGCCGUGAAUGCAUUGGAGUUCGCGCUACAUCGCACUCGACGGAACAACAUAUUGCAAAUGCCAGAUGAUCAAUUCGAAAUGCUGCGACAGAAAGUUGCCAGCUGCAUGACGCUCCUCAUCAGCCAUUUUGACAUUCUCGGUGCUCGGUCCACUUUGGAAGCACGGAAGGAGAAGGAAAGGCAGGAGGGACUUCUACGCGAGCAAGCCUCGGUCAUUGCCGAUGAAGAGCCUGGCUUCCCAAGGUCUUCAUCGCCGGCCAACGAUGAUGGCCUCCUUAAUAUGAACACGUACGGAUACACAGAUGCUAAUGUGCGUCUGUUUUGGGAGAAGACGGCAAGAGCGUUGCAUGCGCUUGAAAGCAGUCGAGCACAGACUGGCACCGAUCAAAGGGUUGUAGGUCGUGUUCUUGACAACGAGAAACCUGAAGACCGCUCUCUUGUUUUCCUUGCGUCUUCAAGUUCCAACAUUUCCAUUCGCUGGCAGCAAAGAAGGUUCAUUGGGGCUGGGGCAUUCGGUUCAGUCUAUCUCGCAGUCAACCUCGACUCCGGUUCCCUCAUGGCUGUCAAGGAAAUCAAAUUCCAAGAACUUUCUGGACUUCCAAACCUCUACUCGCAAAUUAGGGACGAGCUAAGCGUCAUGGAGAUGCUUCAUCAUCCCAACGUUGUAGAAUACUACGGAAUCGAAGUGCAUCGCGACAAGGUAUACAUCUUUGAAGAGUACUGCCAAGGCGGAAGCCUGGGUUCUCUUCUGGAACAUGGACGAAUUGAGGACGAGAGCAUCAUACAGCUCUAUACCAUGCAAAUGCUGGAGGGACUUGCAUAUUUGCAUUCGAAAGGAAUAGUGCAUCGAGAUAUUAAACCUGACAACAUCCUCCUUGAUCACCGUGGUGUCAUUAAAUACGUCGACUUCGGAGCAUCCAAAAUUCUCGUGAAGAACCGCACCAUGCAACGUUCACGCAGAGGAGACUUUGGCGGGAAUGCCGCGAAAGGCGGUGGCUUUGGUGGAGGCUUAGGCAUGAACAGUCUGACCGGAACACCGAUGUACAUGUCCCCAGAAGUCAUCAAAAAUGAUAAGAGAGGUCGCCACGGGGCAAUGGAUGUCUGGUCGCUUGGAUGUGUGGUUCUAGAGUUUGCUACCGGAAAGAAACCAUGGAGCAACCUGGAUAAUGAAUGGGCCGUCAUGUUCCACAUCGGAGUAGCUACGCAGCAUCCACCCCUACCAGAACCCGGACAGCUGAGCGAUCUUGGCAUCAACUUCAUCAAGCAGUGUCUCAUCAUUGAUGCUAUGAGAAGACCGACGGCUGUCGAACUACUGGACCACCCCUGGAUGCUCCAAUUCGGCGAGACGCUCCUUGGGUAUGAGGAGACUGAGUUGGUUACCAGUCCACCUGUAGAGCUGCCGACAGAAGAAACCUAUGAGAUGGCUACAGUCGCAAGGCAGGCCGCGAUCAUCCAGGAGAAAGAAGUUGAGGCCAUCCAGAUACCCUCUCCUACCCUAUCGUCGACAGGAACGCCGACACCCGACACUGAAUAUGAAUAACGAUAACUUACGCAUACUUGCAGUGAAUUUGAUCUCUGCAACAUUCCAGUUCACGCUGAGCAAACAAACAUGUAGCCUUACUUAUACUUGUACGACAUCUUCAUUCAAAUGUUUUCUGUAAUUCUCUAGCCACACACGAACCAGCAGCGUUUCCUGAAUCACAUAUAAACGAAUAUCCAGUUAUUGCCAGCGCUAGAAUAGGACGGAGUAAUCCAGAUCAACACU